UUCAAUUAAAGCUUGCUCGACAUUCAAAUAAUAGUUUUCUAACGUCUGAAAUUUGUUUACUUCAAAUUAUUUUAAACUUGAAUCUGAUAAGAGUUCUGAUUACAAAUUUGAACUGAAUCAUUAUAAUUAUUGAUUUACCCGAUAAAGCACAUACCUACCAAAUGUAAAUUGUAAAAGGCACCACACAAAAUUAUGUUCUAGUUUGCAUUCAGUUAAUGAGAAGAAUGGCUGCGAUUAAUUUCGUUUAUUUUGUAACGACAGCAUUACUGCUAUACGUUCAUGAAGUGAAUAGUAUUUUGCCUCCUAGUCUUAAAAUUGAUGCUAGUGAAGCCCCGUUUAUGGUCUAUGUGCGUAAUCAACGUCACUACUGCGGCGGCGUAAUUCUACACGAAAGAAUUGUGCUAACAGCCAACCAUUGCCUUGCCAAAAAUACUAUGACGGUUGCAGCCGGUCGAAGCGUUAAAUAUUCUAAUGAUGGCAAUGUGCAGACAGUGGUCGUUGAAAAGACUUUACCACACGAAGAAUAUUCAUUAGAUCCAAACGGAAUUCAAGCAUACAAUGAUGUGGGACUCCUCCUACUCGCGACUCCACUAUCAUUCAAUAAAUACGUCCAGCCCAUUGAACUGACCAGUGAAGUCAACUUUAACGAGUCAGCUACUCUUUACGGAUGGGGUUCGACCGAUGCUUUCGUAAACUCUCCGUCUUUUUAUUUGCGCGCUAGAAAUAUCUCUCUAAUUGAACAUGAUUUAUGCGUGGAAUUGUUGAACAAAGCGGUCACUAAGUGUACGAAACAAGAAUAUGAAAUUUGUGGUGAAAAAAGUGCAUGCAACGGGGACUCGGGCAGUCCAAUUUCGCAGAAAGUGAAUAAUGUGACAAAGUUGAUUGGCAUAGUGUCGUGGCUGGCUGACGAUAAUAUCAGUUGUGAUACGUCGCCAGCAGUCUUCGAAAGUAUUGGACAUUUUUCGCAGUGGAUAAAGGACGGUAUGCGAGCUUUGCUGAAGGGAAACUCUACAGAGAAUCAAGACGAUAAUGAAAAUGUUGUGCAUGUGUCUUGAUACGUUAUAUUUUAUUUAGAGAUAAGAAGUGAAUUAUGUCGCAGGUCGUGAAUAUACCGUUAUCGUUACUACUGUAAACAUAGAACUUUUGAAUAAAAUUUUGGUA